GCUCAGGAGGAGGAAUACCCAGCUCUCACGGAAGAGCAAGAAGACGAAAUCGACGAUGCCCUAGAAAGUGAUCCAAGAGCAGUUGUGGCAGACGCCUUCAAGAUCAAGAUAUCCACCCGCGAUUUGCGUACUCUCAUGGACGGCAAUUGGCUGAAUGAUGAAAUCAUCAAUAUUUAUGGGCAGCUGAUUAUGCAUCGUGCUCAAGAAGAUAUCAAUAACAUAUAUCCCAAGAUCCAUUGCUUCAACACGUUUUUCUAUGCGAACAUGUCCAAGAACUAUAACUUGGUUCGCAAAUGGACAAAGAAAAUUGACAUCUUUGCAUUGGACUACGUGAUUGUACCCGUUCACUUGGGCAAUCAUUGGACAUGCUCCGUACUGAACUUCAAGGAGAAGCGAGUCGAGUACUAUGACUCAUUGCAUGGGUCGGCUGCGAACGUUCUAAGGAUUAUGCGGUCGUACCUUGAGCAAGAAUCGAUGGACAAGAAGAAGCAGAAGUUCGACUUUUCAGCGUGGACAGACUAUGCGCCAAGGGACUGCCCAGCGCAACUGAACGGCAACGACUGCGGGGUGUUCACCUGCCUGUUCAUGGAAUACACUGCGCGCGAGCAACACUUUGAUUUUGACGGGACUAGCAUGCCUUACUUUAGACGGCGGAUCAUGUGGGAGAUUAUGAAGACGAAGCUCAUGUGAGGAGGGUCCCAUGUCAAGAAGCAGAGCAUCAUUUUUGGAAGAAUGUGUCCGUAAACACAUGAACAGUAUGGCUAAAUUUUCGAUUUGCGAUGUUCGUGAAAAAUGCUAUGCCUAUGAACGGGUUGAAAUCCGUCCGUUGGGUCCUGGUUCCUGAGAGAAAAAAA